UCAAAAAACAAGCUUAGUGAGCUACCUUGUGAACUAUGUUCUUAUACAGCACUACAAAGAUUAUCCUGUUACAACAAUGUCAUCAGAGUUGUACCAGAGGAUAUCAUCAAUCUUAUGUCUUUGUCAUAUCUCAAUUUAAGUCGUAACCAGCUCAGUGUCUUACCUAUGCAAAUAUGUGAUCUAUUCCUGGAAGUCUUAAUACUUAGCAACAACAAAUUAGUCUCGUUACCUCCAGAAAUCGGCAAGUUACGCACGUUAAUGCUGCUGGAUGCUUCCUGCAAUGAAUUAGACAAUUUACCGAAUGAGAUUGGGGAAAUGUCAGGACUCAAAGAGUUAAAUAUUAGGAGAAAUCACCUUGUCACAUUACCAGAUGAAAUCAGCAAGUUAAAACUGGUGAAGCUGGAUAUAUCAUGCAACAAGAUCCAGACGAUACCACCUUGCUUCAGGAGUAUGAAGACGUUAGACACCUUUGAAGUAGACCACAAUCCUCUCACCAACCCCCCAGCUCAGGUCUGUACACGAGGAAGAAUACAUAUAUUUAAAUACCUUUCAACGGAAGCCACGAGAGCGGAUAAAAGGAGAGGGAUGAUAGAACAAAGUGAUUGGAACUCAUCGCGGCAUCCUUACAAUACAAACAUGCAGGAUGAGAUUUCACUCUUCAAUCAUAAGAUGAGGGAACUCAAGAUGGCAGACUCGGGUUACUUGGAAGGAGAUAAGAGGUGGUCCUCGUCAGAGCCAAGCAAUGAAGAUGAAGAAGCGAAGUACCUAGCCGAGCGGGCAUCCCAACAGAAAGAAAAGAGGCAGCAGCAGAAAUUCGCCCCUGAUCCCCCUCCCCGGAGCUUCAGACCGAGCGACAACCACAUCGACUACAUCGACGCUGGCGAGGACGACGACGGCGGGGUGACACCGACGCAGAGUCCAGUCCAAACCCCGACGUCGGCCGAGCUCGACCCAUUUACGAAGGAGCUGGAGAGGCAGAAGGCACUGUAUGAAGAGAAGAAGAGAUUGGCGAGAGAAGAACGACUAAGGUUAGAAACGGAGGAGGAGCAACGGAAGAAGAACGGAGAGCAAACACUGAACAAUGAUAAACAUUCUGUGAACUCUCGAGAAACGACUGGUGUAAGGAGACUAAGCAAUGAAAGUAGGUUACAAAAGCCAGGGGUCAUCAGCGGGAACGAGGAGAGAAGACUAAGUGCCAGUAAACUAGCUAACGGGUCAUCGGCAGCCACCACUAACGGAAACAGCAGCAGUAUCAGUACUCGGAGAACCAUCUCAGCCUCAACGUCGGCGUCGAACAGCAUUGGAAGGCCGCGAUCCCUCUAUCUUGAUAAGAAGGUACCAAGAAGAGCCACUGUUGGAGGUACGGAUGAAAGUAAAAGAGCUUCAACAGGAGAUAGAUAUAGCAAUGUCAACCAUUCUGUGGCCAACGGAAGAGUGCGGAGAGGCGUGUCUGAUUCAGAUGCAACCAUAACCAAUCAGGUAUCUCCCGAGAGACACAAGGCUCAGGUUACACGGAGGACAGAGAUCGAAGAAAAAUCAAGGACCAAACAGGCACAGAGGGAUGCAUUACUUAAUUAUUAUAAGACAAGGACAUCACCAACUCCUGGGAGCAGAAGAGAGACGGAGGCUGCAAAUAAUUCCAAAAAUACACCCUCACCAAAUAGUAGUUCAUCCUUCUCAAAUAUUAAACCUAGAUCAGCAUUCAGUAUAGGAGGGGGGAAGCCCACAGGGGACAAUAUCCAAGCAAACUUCACAGCAAAGAGAGAAAGAACGAAAUGGGCGGAAGAGCUAGAAAGAAUUGAACAGCUAAGAAAGAUUAUUGAAUCAAGAUUGAAAGUGUCUUUACCUGAGGAUCUACCCGAAGCUCUGAUGGACGGAGUUGUGUUGUGUCACCUAGCUAAUAAUGUUAAAUCUCAUGCCAUUUCAAGCAUCCAUGUUCCUUCUGCUGCAGUGCCUAAGUUAACCCAAGCUAAGUGCAGAAGAAAUGUGGAUAACUUCCUAAAAGUGUGUGCAGCGGCCGGUGUCCCCACUGAGAAACUAUGUUCACCGGCCGAUAUACUAGAGGGAAAAGGCCUACCCAAAGUCGCUACAACAGUCAGAACACUACUAUCCCAGUCAGCUGUCCACACAAAGCAAUGGGCAGUCUGAAAGUCAUAAACAUUGAUGAACUUUUUUUUGGUUGUGAAGUGUGUGUGUGCUGGGAUCUGGCAAGAUUAAAAUGUCCAAGAUGAUUACUUCUAGAAACUGUGACAGAGUUGUCCUGAGAGUGAGAAUACUUCUAUUGCAUCAGCUCUCUCUGCAACCAAGCUAUUGGCCGUCUGAAACAUGAAGAUAUCAAGGAUGUAGUCUCCGGCCAAUAUUGCGCAUUGGGAUGCAGCAAGUGUGAACUGUCCUACCAAGUAUAUUGCUAGAAGUGCUACAUGUAGUUGUCCUGACAGUGAGAAUACUGCUAUUGCAUCAGCUCUCUCCACAGCCAAGCUAUUGGUAGUCUGAAACAUGGAGAUAUCGAUGUCGUCUCUGGCCAAUAUUGCGCAUUGGGAUGCAGCAAGUGUGAACUGUCCUACCAUGUAUAUUGCUAGAAGUUCUAGUUGUCCUGAAAUGAGAAUACUUCUAUUGCAUCAGCUCUCUCUGCAGCCAAGCUAUUGGCCGUCUGAAACAUGGAAGAUAUCAAGGAUGUAGUCUCCGGCCAAUAUUGCGCAUUGGGAUGCAGCAAAUGUGAACUGUCCUACCAAGUAUAUUGCUAGAAGUCGUAGUUGUCCUAAAAGUGAGAAUACUGCUAUUGCAUCAGCUCUCUCCGCAGCCAAGCUAUUGGCUGUCUGAAAUAUGGAGAUAUUGAUGAUGAAGUCUCCAGCCAAUGGUGCACAUAGGAUGCAGCAAGUGUGAACUGUCCUACCAUGUAUACUACAUAAAAUAUUCAUGAUUUUUUAUAUUGAUCAUUUUGAUGAUGAUAUUCUUCCAUAAUGGAACACUUGAAGCAUUGAUGAUGUUCCUCCAGCACUUCAAACAAAUUACCCCACUGACCAGUCAUGAGAUGCCAUGAUGUUCCGUUUUUAUGCAGUGCUUGAAACCUUGGUGAUAUUCCUUGAGUGCAUUAAAGGUAUACUUCUAUUACCACUCUGUUGAUCAAAAUCUGCUUUGUCCUAAAUCGAUGUAUGCACAUUCUCCACUCCCAUUGGAGUGUUCAUCAGCAAUGAGCAGUUCAAUUAUACUCAAAUUACUUUGUGAUGGAACUUUUAAGUGCUCCGGCAACCACAUGUAAAGUCCAUUCUGUAACUACAACUAAGCACUUGUACACCUGUACUGUAUAUCAUUGCCUACAAGGGAUGAGUGCAUGUGGUCCAAGCCGUUGAAGCAAUAACCUGUUCGCUGAUCAAGGAUGUUGUUGGACAUUUUGUAGCCAACGUUGUGUAUGGAGAAUCAAACGAGAAAGAAAACUUUCCACUCUCCGAAUGCUACAGUCACACCUAGGAAACAUACUCCAAACUGAUCGAUGGUAUGUCAUUGGUAAUAAAGUAUCAGCUUUUGUUGGUCUAGAGUUGGUUUCAUCGGUGUAGCUGUGGCAUAACUGACAACCUUAAUGUGGGAGAAUACAGUUGUGCUAAAAAAAUUAGUGAACCUCACCACAAAACACACUUUUUCAUGCUGAGUGUUGAAUGUAAAGAACAACACUACAAUGUUUGGCGAGCCCAGAGAAACAAACUUAAUUGAAUGCUAUAUUUUAUCACCUGACUUGACAAUUAGAUAUUGAAAGCAAAGCAGAACUGGAACAUUUAAAAAGUUUUCAUUUUCUGGUGGGGUUCACUAACUUUUGAGGACUACUGUAUAUCAUGCACAGUUGUUAUUGUAACUGUCAUUGUAAUGCAACGUGCUAUCAAUACAAUUUUUGUAUGAAAGAGGGCCAUGAUUCAUCAGACAAGUAGCCAGGGGGGUGUUCCACAAAGAUGUAAGUGUGACUAAUAUUCACUUUGUAAUUCCUAGGUGGAUGUUGUAUAUAAUGCAUCACUACAUUAGUCAAAUCAUGCUCAGUGGAGCUCCUGUGUCUCCGUCAACAAGAUUGCACAUUUAAUAUCAAGGUUCAUUGGCACUGGGCAGGACUCAAAAUCGCAUUUAGCUCUUCUUGAAAUUUUCCCCAGGGGUUUGUCUCAUUAAAGAAAAUACAAUUAUGACCAUUAACUACCAUGGUAACAGCGCUCAGCAGCCAAUCAAAAUCAAAGUUUCUCCAUUGAAGUUACCAUAAUGGUACAUGUAUGUCUUUAUUAAAAGGCACUCGGAUUCGGGGGAGCGUUUCAUGAAAUGACUUGAUCCGACAAGUCCUGUUUUAUCUGACAGUUACUAUAGUAACAUUGAUUCUAAGCCAAUCAGAAUCAAGGAAAGUUGUCAGAUCUGACAACUUGUCGGAUGAAAAUGUUAUUGAAACACUCCCCAGGAGAGCGUUUCAUGAGAGGACUUGUCAGACGUUUAUCCGACAAUUCCUGUUCUAUUCGACAGCUACCAUGAUAGUAGCAAUGCCUCUCAGCCAAUCAAAAUCAAGAAAAGUUUUCAGAUGUGAAAAAUUAUUGGACAAAAAUGCUGAUGAACCUCUCUCAAGGUCUAAGAUUAAUGGAGUGUUGCAAGAAAGUGACAAAAUUCAAAAUCAUGUGGAAGUCCCAAAAUCAAUUAUAAUAGGGAUUUGCAAGUGAAUGCAAGCCAUCUAAAGAUUUGUAUUUUAUUGAAGGUUUACUCUUUAUUUUGUGAUCUUGACUUAGUGUUUAACAUUUUUCUUGCAAUGCCCCAAAAGGGGUAUUGAACAUGUAACAGCCGAGUACUUCAUGUACAUGUACAUGUGUUUCAUGAAACUGUUGAUAAAAGUAUUCCCCACCAUGCACAUGAUAGGAUUAUACUAUGCCAAAUGUGCAUUUGUAACACAUUUACUGAGUAAAUUCUUUCAUCAUUUUUUCAGGGCCAAUGUUACUUUUCUCUUAUUAGAAGUGAAAUUAUAUGAACUGCAUGAACAGUUUGAAUAAAUUGCAUUUUGUCACUUGAUAUUUGAGUAGUUUGUAAACUCAUACCUGUAUGUGACUCUUUGCAAUAGUUAAUCUAACACCCCUGCCCGCCCUCCCAAUUUUUUUUUGUAUCGAGUCCGUCUUACAGAAUCCUACAUGCACAUGUAGAUCAGUAGAUGUCAUUUAAUGGCACUCAAGAUUGUGUAAUAUACAUAUAGUACUCAGAUAUUAAAAUAAGCUUGAAGUACAAUUAGUAAGAAUUGAUUAUAUUUGAAAUGAACAAAACAAAACCUUUAAUGUAAGACCAACUUUUGGGGAGUCUAGUCUUUGUGCAGCUGUAUAUGGCAUGCAUUAAUAUUUGCAAAUGGAUUUAUCCCCCCUCAAGCUGUAGGCCAAUUUGUUACAAUGGUACAAAAAAACUCAUUUUUGAAUGUGAUAUUUUAAUUUAAAUGUCAAUUUUGACAAGGAUUUUCAAAGUUGAGCAAUAUAUAAAUUGCUAUCUUCUUGAUAUUAUUGAUACAUAUUGAGGAAUUUUACAACAAAAAUUGAAAUGCUGUGUGACGCGGGAAAGAUUUGAGCUGUCAAACCCAUAGUAAUCAAGAGAUAAAUCAUUGUCUUAAUUAUUAAACUGACCAGUCCAUGCCAGUGCAGUACGUCUUUUUCAUUCAUAUAUACAAUGGACAAGAUAACAUAAGGGCAUUUUCACGGUAACUGACAUUA